UACCUCUGUAAGGUUGGCAGGCAGUGAGGCAGCGUCGUUGAUCGUUGUGUGAUGACUACAAUUGAACUCAGCGUGUUGUUAAUGAUUAUUUCUUUAAUUAAUCAUGUUUCGAAUAGAGGAAAGUGAGCUUAAGAGUUCCAGAGAGAUUCGAGCUUUCAAGCUAAUGAAACUUGGCUUAGCAAAAGCACAGGAUGAUAGUAGCUCAACAAAUCUGGCUUAUGAAUCUGAAAAUUCAAACUAUGGAGUGCAACUGACUGAUAAUGACGAGUUUCUAAAUACCACAGCAGAACCACAACAAUUCAUUGAUGAUGGACUUCCGAAUGAUACAGGACAUUAUGGAGAUGAACCAAGUAAGGAUGAUAGUAACUCAACGAAUCUGGCUUAUGAAUCUGAAAAGUCAAACUAUGGAGUACAACUGACUGAUAAUGACGAGUUUCCAAAUACCUCAGCAGAACGACAACAAUUCAUUGAAGAUGGACUUCCAAUUGAUACGGUACAGGAUACUAUGGGGAUGAACCAACAGAGGAUGGUAGUAACUCAACGAAUCUGGCUUAUGAAUCUAAAAAGUCAAACUAUGGAGUACAACUGACUGAUAAUGCCGAGUUUCCAAAUACCUCAGCAGAACGACAACAAUUCAUUGAAGAUGGACUUCCAAUUGAUACAGGACACUAUGGGGAUGAACCAACAGAGGUUGCAAGUAGUGAUGAUGAGCUUCCUAUUGAAUAUGACUCUGACAAAGAUCCAGAAUAUGUAGUGAGUGAUGACCAGAUUUCUAUUUCAUCCAUUCAAAGUGAAACAGCAGCUGCCGAAGAAGAAGAAGAAGAAGAAGAAGCUGAAGAAGAAAAUGCUGAUACUGAAAAUGAAAAGAAGAAAACUCGCAAACGUGUAAGAAAACCAGACAAAUGGAAGUGCAAUAUACGGAAGAAGAGAAAAAACUGUGGAGAAGAAUACAUAUCAAAGAGUGGAAAAACAGUUGCUGCUAAGAAGAUGAAACCAGCUUGCCGUACUUCAUGUAAAAAGAAAUGCACAGAAAACAUUUCAGAAGCAGACAGACACUGCAUUUACAAAAAUUAUUGGCGACAAGAAAACAAUAACGACUUCAGAAGACAGUUUGUUGCAAAUAAUGUUUGUAGUGUGCCUGUUGCUCGAAGAGUCGUUGAAACACUUGAUAGACCACGAAGAAAUUCAACAUUUCACUAUUUCUUUGAGAUAAGAAAUAAUAAAAUUCAAGUGUGUAAAACAUUUUUUCUAAAUACGCUAGU